AGGUGCUCGUAAUCCGUAUAUUGUCCUAGGUAGGACUUGGCAUACUGUGGUCCUGAUGCCCUAUCCAGUUCUUAAUAUGAGCCUUCCGGCCUCACAACCCCUUGUUCUUGCUUGCCCUUUCACAAACACCCUGCUUUCUGAUUUUGUGGCAUCCCUCCAUUCCAGGCACACACAACCUCACACACACUCUCCCGCAUUUGUAGUCCACCAAGUCUCGCGUUGGCGGUGGCAGUGCAAACCAUCUCAUCCAACCGGCGCCUGGAAUCACCCCCCGCCAGAUCGUUAGCACGAAACGGUACCUGGAUCUGGUACCAACAGUCGCGUCAGCCUUUCCCUGUUCCCUGAGCGAACCCCGGGCAGCCCGCCUUGUCCUAUGCCGAUGGGUGGUACCUCCUACGUCCCUUCUUCCACCUCGCAGGGAUCUGGGCCCGUCAGGGCCGCUACACCCACCGUUGAGAGGGCGCCCCAGUCCGCUACCAAUUCGUCAUCCGGGGCUUUCGCCGGCAGUGGCGCCUACUGCGACUCGCCCACCUCGACCUCGUCAGCCGCUCCUCCUUUGCUCUGGGAGCAUAAGGACGCGACCGAGCCCGCGCCGGCUUCCUCGACCGAGGCCACGCCGAAGAGGGAGUCCUUCGGGAAGGUCAACGCCUACAGCUACUGCGGCAGACACUCAAAGGAGUUCUUGUUUGGCGGCAAGGGCUUUCACGACCUGUGGAGGGCUGUCAGAAAGAAGUAAAUCCACCCCGGCCCUGUCUGAGCAGAGACUGGGAUGGGAGGGUGUUGACGCGCGUGGGUGUCCUUGACGAUGUUUUGCUCCUUUUUAUUCGAGUCGUCCAUGACGUGGACGUGAUGGAGCGCUGCAGGGCAGCGGCUGGAAUGUGGCCGUGUUCGUAUUGAUACCCAUUUGAUACCCAUCGGAGCAACUCUCUCCUUGUGAAAUGACAUGGUCAGGUCAGGUUUGAAAACGGGACCGGGAUCUGCAAUGUUUUGGAUGCGAUCACCGCUUAAGGUUCGCAGAAUGCCAUCUUUUGAGUUGGAAAGGUUAGGUAGCCUAAUGUUGAAUUGAGCAUCGUUGCACACACUCCCGGCUGGUGAUGAACAUGUUGAGUUGGAAGCAGAUGUCGCAUUUCACACGGCGUCUAACGAACCAUGCGACCAUGGUCAUGAUUUAGUAGUAGAACCGAGGCAUCGGGCCUACGUCAGUAGCGUGAGCUUAG